AUGGUAGUCGAAGGGGUAGUAGGACCAGCUAUGGUUGAACGGGAUUGGGAAUGUUUGUCUAGCGCUAUUGAGUCGAAAAGCGUGAGCUUGAAAAUCUUCGUAUGGUUUGGUAUCUUGGAGGUUGAAGUCGGGUCGGAUUCCUCUUUGAUAGUCUUUAUGAUGGAUGAGCGUGGUUGUUUGAAUGGUAAGUUUGUUGCUUUUGCAGAUCUUCUUAAGUUUCCACUCCAGUUUGACAAGGAGGUAAACCACGUCAGGAAAGUUGAGAGGCAAUUCCUUUGA